AAUGAAUCCAAAUACCCAAAAUCAUCGAACCAACCCCACAAUUUGGUUCUUACCACUUGUCACUUCCCAGACCUCAUUUUCAUCCAUAAAUACUGCCCCAUUUGGCUGCAAACCUCCCAUUUCAACAACUUCAUCCGGGACCUCUCUUUGCCAACUACCAAUUCUCACUGCCUGUCCUUUCUAUAGCAGAAGCAUUCUUCAAUGGCUGGAAGGAGCAAGGUUUUAGUCAUUGGAGGCACUGGGUACAUCGGAAAGUUCAUUGUUGAAGCCAGUGUGAAAGAGGGUCAUCCCACUUUUGCUUUAGUAAGAGAGGGUUCAGUUUCAGACCCAGUUAAGGGAAAGGUUAUUAACAAUUUCAAGAACUUAGGGGUUCAUCUGUUGUAUGGGGAUCUUUACGAUCAUGAGAGUCUGGUUAAGGCAAUAAAGCAAGCUGAUGUGGUGAUAUCCGCGGUAGGUUCGAUGCAGUUAGCAGAUCAAGUUAAGAUCAUUGCUGCCAUUAAAGAAGCUGGGAAUGUGAAGAGGUUUUUCCCAUCGGAAUUCGGAAAUGAUGUGGACCGGGUUCAUGCUGUAGAGCCAGCGAAAACAGCAUUCGCAACCAAGGCUCAAAUCCGGCGUGCUAUUGAGGCUGAGGGAAUCCCCUACACCUAUGUGUCCAGUAACUGCUUUGCAGGCUAUUUUCUUCCUGGUUUGUCACAGCCAGGAGCCACUACUCCCCCAAGAGACAAGUUGGUGAUCCCAGGCGAUGGACAUCCUAAAGCUGUUUUCAACCAUGAAAGUGAUAUUGGAACAUACACAAUCAAAGCUGUUGAUGACCCCAGAACACUGAAUAAGAUCCUAUACAUUAGGCCUCCUAAAAACACCUAUUCAUUUAAUGAGAUUGUUGCCUUGUGGGAGAAAUUGAUUGGCAAAACCCUUGAGAAAACAUAUGUUCCAGAGGACCAACUUCUCAAACAGAUCAAAGAGGCUACAUUUCCAUACAGUGUUGGAUUGGCAAUCAGACAUUCAGUCUUUGUGAGGGGUGAUCAUACCAACUUUGAGAUCGAACCGUCAUUCGGAGUUGAGGCUUCUGAGCUGUACCCUGAUGUGAAAUAUACUACUGUGGAGGAAUAUCUGAGCCGUUUGGUUUGAGACAGAAAAUGAAUCAUAUGCUCCUUGUUAUUAAACUAAUACUAGCAAUAAUUGAGAAACUAUCACCGACUGGUAUAUGCGUGUAUGCAUAAGUUUCUUGUUAUCAUUCAGCAGAAUGUGAACCAUACUGUUCUAAAUUACUAUAUAAUAUAUGAGGAGAAUCUGUUUGCCUACUUGCUUAUAUAA